UAAAGGAGAGGUUGGGGGGAUUUGCGGGAGGCACGGCGGCGGUGAUGUCAGCCCGAGCCUAAAAUAGAGAGGGAUAGACUGCAAAUCCACGGCGCGGAGGCUAAAGCCUUCCAAUCCAGCCUCAGCCAGCACCAUGCCGCUGUGAAGUCACCCCGGCUCUCCCACACUCACGCACACGCUCACACCCACCGCGGCCGGAGCACCCCGCCCGGCCCCCGCCAGGUGCCCGCAGCCCCUCGCCCCGCCGGCCUCUGCUGGGCGGCCCCGGGGCGCGGAGCCGGGGCGCGGAGCCCCCCUCGGCGGGCGGGCGGCGGCGGGGCGGGGGAUCCCCGCCCGGCGGAUCCCCGAGGAUUACAAGGAGCCGCUCGCCCCGUCCCGGACGCUGCCGAGGGCCGCCCGGAGGGAGCGCAGCGCCCGCUGCCCGGAGCCGUCCCGCGGGGCGCUGAGGAGCCGGGGGCUGCCGGGACCAUGGCGUCGGCGGACGGUGCCAACAAUAUGCCUAAGCAAGUAGAAGUGAGGAUGCAUGAAAGUCAUUUGAGUCCAGUGGAGCACAGAUCCAGGAACAUAUGUGUGCAGUUUUGCCAGUCACUCCGCAGGAAUCUGCUCCUGACUCUUACUGUAUUCGGUGUCAUCCUGGGUGCACUAUGUGGGGGUCUUCUUCGUCUAGCAACACCAAUUGACCCUGACAUCAUCAUGUUAAUAGCCUUCCCAGGAGAUAUACUUAUGAGGAUGCUAAAAAUGUUGAUCCUCCCUUUAAUUAUCUCCAGUUUAAUCACAGGACUGUCUGGUUUAGAUGCUAAAGCAAGUGGCCGAUUGGGAACAAGAGCCAUGGUCUACUACAUGUCCACCACUAUUAUUGCUGCCGUGCUGGGUGUGAUUCUGGUUUUAGCUAUCCAUCCAGGGAAUCCAAAACUCAGGAAACAGCUAGGUCAAGGGAAAAAGAAUGAUGAAGUAUCAAGUCUGGAUGCCUUCUUGGAUCUGAUACGAAACCUGUUCCCUGAAAAUCUAGUCCAAGCAUGUUUUCAGCAGAUCCAAACUGUUACCAAGAAAGUGUUGGUGCCACCACCCAUUGAAGAACCACCAAACGUUACUGAUGCUGCCUUUGCUAUAAUGAAUGAGACUGUGCGCGAAGCACCAGAAGCCCAGCUGGUCAUUAAGAAGGGACUUGAAUUUAAGGAUGGCAUGAAUGUCCUGGGUUUGAUAGGAUUCUUUAUUGCAUUUGGCAUUGCUAUGGGGAAAAUGGGAGAACAGGCCAAGAUGAUGGUGGAUUUCUUCAACAUUCUGAAUGAGAUUGUAAUGAAGUUAGUAACUAUGAUCAUGUGGUAUUCCCCUUUGGGCAUUGCUUGCCUCAUCUGCGGAAAAAUCAUUGCAAUCAAGGAUUUAGAAGUAGUUGCUAGACAACUUGGCAUGUACAUGGUAACAGUGAUUGUGGGUCUUGUCAUCCAUGGAGGGAUCUUCCUGCCUCUGCUUUACUUUGUGAUAACGAGGAAAAGCCCCUUUUCAUUCCUUGCUGGGAUUUUCCAGGCAUGGAUCACAGCACUAGGCACAGCUUCCAGUGCUGGAACAUUACCUGUCACAUUCCGGUGUCUUGAAGAAAAUCUAGGCAUUGAUAAACGUGUAACAAGGUUUGUUCUUCCUGUUGGAGCAACAAUUAACAUGGAUGGAACUGCCCUUUAUGAGGCUGUGGCUGCCAUCUUCAUAGCACAGAUGAAUGGAAUUGAGCUGGAUGGAGGCCAGAUAGUUACUGUGAGUUUGACCGCCACCCUUGCAAGUGUUGGAGCUGCCAGUAUUCCCAGUGCAGGACUUGUCACUAUGCUUCUGAUCCUUACUGCAGUGGGUCUCCCUACCCAGGACAUCAGUUUGCUUGUUGCUGUUGACUGGCUUUUGGACCGGAUGAGAACGUCAGUCAAUGUAGUGGGGGAUUCUUUUGGUGCUGGCAUCGUCUACCACCUUUCCAAGGCAGAACUUGACAGCAUUGAUUCUCAUCAUAAAGGGCAUGAAGACAUUGAAAUGACCAAGACUCAGUCAAUCUAUGACGACAUGAAAAAUCAUAGGGAAAACAACUCAAACCAAUGUGUUUUUGCAGCUCACAACUCAGUCAUAGUAGAUGAAUGCAAGGUAACACUGGCAACCAAUGGCAAAUCUGCAGACUUCAGUGUGGUUGAAGAAGAGCCUUGGAAACAUGAAAACUAAGGGAAGAGAUUCCCAGCUCCAUCUUUAAUAAGCCCCGAAGCUCUCUUCUGGUAAAAGAUACCACGAUUAAGGAAGAUUUCUCUCUCUCUCUUUUUUUUUUAUUUUGUUGAUUUAACAUCUACAGUUUCUGCUUACUUAAUUUCUUAACUGAAACUUAGCAAUGAUCUCAUAAAGUCAUUGUAGCGUCUUUGCCAAACAAUGAUCCGUAACCAUCUGUCUCCCUUGUGUUACUGUUUGGAUGAUGCAGCUGGAGAAUACUCCAUGCAGUGCAAUGUGCUCUCACCCGCCUCCCCGUUCAUUCAAGACGCAGAGAAUGUAAAUGCUGCAAAAUGGGAAGAUCACAAUGCCAGUACAGUUCACUACAGGGACUCAGGGUCACAAAUCGUUUCAGAUAAAUAUAACUUCAUGCAGACCUCCAAGUGUUUCAGUGACUCUUGUGGCACACCUGAUCUAGUUGGCACUGCAUGGCUAAAAUCGCUUUUGAAAAUGCCCACGACGAUUUCUAUUUGUUACAAUAAUAAGAAGAACCUGGCACGGGAAGCACUGCAUUUUUGUGCCUAUUGUACUUCAGACUGAACUUAAAUCCAGGGGCAAGGUUAAUGUAUGGAGGUCAAUAAACAUCCCAGACCUUUUGUUAGAUUAGUACAACUAAUGCUUGACAUUAAGACAAGACCUUAGAUUUGCAUGUACAUAUGAUACAUUUUUGUCAGCUGUCCCAGGGCAGGUGCAGCUCCAUUUUUUUAUGGGUCUGUGCUGCUCUGUGACCACAGUGCAUCAGAUAAUACAAGGCAGUAUUAUUGCAGGGUGUAAUAGUUCUUAAAUCUAUGCCUGAUGUACAAAAUAUAGAAUACCAUGGGCUCAGUUAUGUCAUUCGUAGUCCAAGCAGGUAGCACCUUACUCUCUACCUUGCUCCACUGAAGUCUGAGGGAUUCCUUGUGUGGCAGGGGAGGCUCAAGUAAGGUACUACUAAGCGUGAGCAAUGAUGUCAUGAUUGGGUACUUGAUAAUGAUCUAUAAAAAAAAUCUGAAUAUAUUACACUAAAUAAUUGGGAGUUUUGAAUGUAAUCAUCAGUAGCAUUUAGCUUGAAGUGUGUGUCUUCCAAGUUCAUGUCAUAUGUCAGAGAAUGGCUAAAUCCUGAAAUAAUUACUAAGCCAAAUUCCUUAUUAAGGUCAGUGGAAUUUGGCCAGGGCUAGGACUGAAUGAAGAAUAUGCAAGAAUUACAGGAUUUAGACCAAUGUGUUGAAUUACUUCUCUCUUUCUCUGUUUUGUAGAGUAAUGAUUCAUAUACAUUUCUAAUGUCAGAGAAAUGUUCCUUAGAGCACGUGGCAUCUGAAUUAACAAGAUGGUGUUUUGUCAACAUAAUAUAGCUGACUCAUCCUGUCAGGAGAAAUUACAGCCACAAUAAUCACCUUGUGAAGUGUUUUCUAAAGGUGCUUGUUAAUACUCUGCAAUGUUCAGACACUGGUGAAUGCCUCUGUACUACUAGCAAUGUUUUAUAGCGCAGCUGAGCCAAGCAGCCCUGGGAGGCUGCACCCACAGAGCUAGCCCUGUGCAGUGUCUGGGGGAGCUCGCGGAGGUCCUCAGAGUGACUCUGAGUAUGAGCAUGCCAUGAGCUUGGACAUGGCCAAGAACAGAGCUGAAACAUUUAGGGACGCAUGACAUUCAGUGUCUGUGCAUCGAACUCAUGUGGGUGUAAACAGGAAUAAUGUGUUGAGUGGUAUAUGGCUCUGUAGAAGCUAUUAAAAUAUAAAUAUAAUCUGCUUUUGCUCAUCUGCAUUCAUGUAAAGACCUCUGAAAAUGGACAUGGACAUGAACCAGCAAAGGCUGCUUGCAUGAUGAGUGAUGUGCAAGACCAAGUUCAUUGUCAAAGCACCCCUCAUUCACGUGUUUGUUGAUGUGGACUAUUCUUCUUGCCCUUGUAUUUCUGUCCUCACUUACAUGCCAUUGCUACGAUCCUAAGCAAAAUGGCCUAUAUAAUUUAGCAAGUAUUAAACCACUGUGAAUGCUGUAGACCUCUAAUGUAUAUUAGAGGUGGAGACCUUUUCCAGAGGUCUUGUGGAUCACCUUAAGGAUCCUUUUUAGAUGGAUGGAACUGUAGGAUACCCAGAGAAGUGAUAGGCAGAUGGUCUUCUCUUUUCUUCAGUCAUUGGUAUCAUAAUACCCAGAAUUAACCUGGAGCUGCUGCUUCUCCCAGUACACACAAUGCUCCCAAAUGCUUUCUUCUUAAAGUGCAUUUGUGACAGCAAGAAAAGAAAGCAUUAUGCCACUGACUUUUGCACUGUCUGUAUUGUACUGAAAGUCUGGGUAUUGAGAGUGUCCAGGGAUCAGGGCCCUAGUCUGCAUUUGAAGACAAUUUCUCUUCUGGGUUAUGUGCCAGAAAUGUGCCUGGGGCGGUGUGCAGGUCCUUUGAAAUGUUCCCUGUUCUGAGGGCGUGAGCUCGUAUCAAGUGAAAUUUGCUGUGACUGGAGUGGUGGUUAUAUCCAAGAACAGCACGCCGUGUUUGCCCAGUAGCGCCUGUCCUGCUGUCCUGCUCGCCGCGGCAGUCUCUUAGGAGCAGCCACAGCGACCGCUUGCCUUGAGAGUGGCUUCAGAAAACCAGUCUGCAGACUUUUAGCUGUCUUUUGAAAGCGUUCAGCAGCUGGAAACUAAAAGGGAUGCCAGCAACAUGUGACUGGGCAGCCCCACAAAAUUGCAUAUUGAGAAACACUUAUGAUGUGCUUACGCUUAUCCGCCUGGGACGUGCUGUCCUUUGAAGAGUGAUUCUUCAGAUGGAGACUAGGGGAGGAAGGAAUGAGAUGCUAGAAAAACUCCACCCACACAAGGGAAAAUAAAUUUGGGCCUUUUGAUAGGACUGGAAUAGCAGACUGUGAUUUUAAAAUGGUAAUCCUGUAGAUACAGUAACUCAGGGAAGUUUCAAAAGAUAAUUACGGAGGCAUUUCUCGACUUAAAUGUGAUGUGGGAGAAGGCGAAAUGUUGUUUUUGGUAAACUCCUCUGCUUUUAGCCUGGCUGAAUAUUUAAUAUAGUGUUACUCCAGCACAUCACUGUAUUUAACCAUCAAAAAGCUUUCCAUUUCGCUGGGAAAAUGUAACUCAUUCUUGGCUUGCAUUUCUCGAUUUGCUCAUUCCACAUGAGGCCGGGUUGCUACUUAACUAAAUAAACAGAAACUAACCCAGGGCCCGGCCACUUCAGCUAAUACAAGUUCACAUUUCAGCAGGCAGGGCUGGUCACUGACCAGUCUCUUUUUAGUUCCACUAGGAAUGUUGCUGCAUUCAUUUGCAUGUGGCAAACAUUUUGUGUUUGUUUCCAGGACUGGGGUGGAAAAGUUAAAGGAAAAGCACAGUAGAAAGUGAUUUGCUUUCUGUGCAGUUCCUGGAGGAAUUAACAUUUAUUUCUUAUGCUCACCUUGUGUGCUGCUCUGUCCGCCCACCCCCCCGUUGUCUGUGCAGCUGUGAUACCCUUUGCCCUUUACGUUAUUGUCAGCACUCUGGCACAUGGGAAAGUCUAAACUAGGCAAAGACUCAGUUAAUUGCAUGACUAAUUAAGUACAUACGUAUUUACUUUGUGCAUUCACUGCUGAAGCUAGGUCAGCAUUCUCUUGAUACCUGUUCGUUGAAACUAAAGCACACUGCAUGCUGAAGCUCAAGAGGAGGUGGAGCACUUUCCUACUGAGUUUUCUUCUUCACUGCUUCCCUUAGAGAACAAAGGCUGCACCAGCACUGUAAGAAGCACGCAUGGUUCUUACACAGGAAGAUGCUUCAGAUAGGUAGGGGACAAGCCAUGUGAACCGUACCGAUACGCGCUCCCUCCCUUUGCAUCAGUGAGAAGCUCAUUACAUCUUUGAAAAGCUAUGUUUGCUGUAGUGAAACCUGGGCCAGGAAUGCUCUGGCUACACGAAAGUCCCACUGAAAUCCAGGGGAGUCACGGGCUUCCAGGAAAGGUCAGAUCUCUUCCUGUCUCUGCUAAGUAAUAAGGUGUUUCACAAUCCUGUCUGAGUCAGUAGUCUUUGUCUGCUGCUUAAAAUGAAGGUGAUUCUCACACCCUCAAGGUUUUUGCCAAGAUGCUUUUUUUUUUUUUUCCUAUGCUCUACAAAUCCAGCCAUGAGUUUAAAACUCAGCACAAAAAUAGGGAUCACUGUCAUUAAGGUGUUUUUUUUUUCUUUUUUCUUUUUUCUGUCCCUUCCCUGAGAUACAGCUAACCAGCUAACCUCCAUUUCUUUGUCAAAGCACGUGGAAUUCCAAACAUUGUGCCACUCUAAAAUGUGUGAGUAAGAUGUGAGUAAUACGGAUUUCUGAUUUGUUUUCCAGCACUACCAGGGUCAUUGCAAUUCUGGUAGCUGACACUCAGAAGAGCGGACUGCUCAUCUGAGAAGCUGCAGCAGCAGUGCUUGAACAAGUUUGUUCUGGCAACUGCCUGGUUUUUCUUUGCUUCCUCGCCUUCUCUUGUGUUGUUGCAGACUUGUUGUAGCAACACAGCAGCAAUCGCACAAAUCCCUAAAAACACAAGCAGCAUUAAACCUCACCUCUGACAUCCGCUUCUUUAAAUAAGUUUAAGAAAGCUCUGAGCUUUAGUACCAGGCUCAGAGAAAUGCUUUUGUGGAGACUUAACGGUAUAACUGUUUCUCUUUUCAUUAGUUCCAUUAAUCUAUUUUUAUUGCUGCAUUUGAGUUCAUUCAGAAGGGUAAGUAAGGGCACUUUAUAAAAAACGUACUGUAAUAUUAGUCUGUUAUGAGCCAGAAGACUAUCCUUGAUUUUAUUACUGUGACUUCUAAGGACACGA